ACAGAAAGAAUCUCACCCUUAGAUUUUAGUCCCACAAAACCUUCCUUAGACUUGACCCGGUGGGAACCAGCGCAAGGUCAAGUUUGAGGUGUGUGAUCGCAGCCGGAAAAUGCAGGCGUGCUGGGAUGGAAGGGACAAGGGGGUCCAGCUUUGAGGCUGCCCGGAGCCAGAACUGACCGAGCCCCCGCUUCAUCCACCACUGAAUUCAGCGGCUACUUAUUCUUGGACCUGAGGAAAAAACUGUUUUGCCUUUUUCGUGGCUCCAGAUGGUCCAUAUGAUUUGAAGCCUGCAGAAAGCACUUGAGCAAGAAGAAAUUAAAUUUUGAGGAUUUCUGCCCCAGAAAUGAAGAUGCUUCUGAUUUUGUUUUUCAUCAUAAUGUAUUCCCGUACUUCAGUGAAUCAGGAUGCUGCCCCUGAGUUCGCCGACGUCGUGUUUUUGGUCGAUAGCUCUGAUAAUCUGGGAAACAAGGCCUUUCCCUUUGUGAAAACGUUCGUAAACAAGAUGAUCAAUGCUCUUCCGAUUGAGGCCAGCAAAUAUCGCAUCGCUCUGGCCCAGUACAGCGAUGAUCUGCACAGUGAAUUCCAGCUGAACACCUUCAAGAGCAAGAACCCCAUGCUGAACCACGUGAAGAAAAACUUUGCCUUCAGGGGUGGAUCCCCGCGGCUAGGCCUAGCCCUCCAGAAAGCUCAUAAAACCUACUUCUCGGGGCUGACCAAUGGCAGGGACCCCAAGCGGUUUCCCCCGGUGCUGGUGGUCCUGGCUUCGGGCCCGUCCGAAGAUGACGUGGAAGCGCCUGCCAAGGCCUUGCAGAGAGACAGGGUGAAAAUCAUCUCCUUGGGGAUGCAGGCGGCUUCUGACAGAGACCUGAAAGCCAUGGCCACCCCUCAGUUUGAUUUCCUCCUUCGCACGAUCAGAGAAGUCAGCAUGUUUUCUCCUAACAUGACGCGGAUCAUUGAAGAUGUAGUAAAAUUUGAGGCAGAAAAAGACCCUCAGAUACAAGCUUGUCAUGACGCGUCAGUUGUGGAUAUCGUGUUCCUGGUGGAUGAAUCUGUCAAUGGCACGGAUGAAAACUUCGAGCACCUUAAAGGAUUCCUGAUAGAAACCAUAGACUCCUUUGAUGUAAAGGAGAACUGCAUGAGGAUUGGUCUUGUGAUGUACAGCAAUGAGACAAAAUUGGUAUCACGCCUGGGCACGGGCACAAAUAAGUCUGACAUUCUGCAGCAGAUCGACGGCCUGUCUCCCAAGGCGGGGAGAGCCCUCACCGGAGCCGCCAUCAAUGUGACCAGGAAAGAAAUCUUCAGCAGAGGAGCCGGCAGUCGAAAGUCUCAAGGGGUUCUGCAGAUCACCGUUCUGAUCACUCAUAGAUCUUCGGAAGACAACGUGAGCGAGGCAGCUCUGAGCCUGCGCCGGGAAGGUGUGACUGUGUUUGCCGUGGGCAUCGAAGGUGCUAACGAGACCCAGUUAGACCAGAUAGCUUCUUACCCUCGGGAGCAAUACGUUUCCAUGGUGAAGAGCUAUUCAGACAUGGGAGCUUACUAUCGGAUUUUUCAGAAGAAACUCCGGAACGAGAUCCAGAACAAGGUAUCCGUCGCCUCAGAACAGACCGAACGCCUCAAAUCUGGCUGCGCGGACACUGAAGCAGCUGACAUCUAUUUGCUGAUCGAUGGUUCGGGAAGUAUCCAAGUAGCAGACUUCCAGGAAAUGAAAAGAUUUUUGGCAGAAGUGAUAGGAAUGUUCAAUAUAGGUCCGCACAAAGUUCGAUUUGGAGCCGUGCAGUAUUCCCACUUAUGGGAAUGGGAGUUCGAGAUGGAUAGGUACUCGAACAAGAACGAUUUAGUGAAGGCUGUGGAGAACAUCAGGCAGCUAGGUGGGAAUACCGAUACCGGGGCAGCUCUGGAUAAAAUGCUGCCGUUGUUUCAAAGGGCGAGGCAGCAGCGGGCCCGUAAAGUGCCGCAGCACCUCGUCGUCCUGACGGAUGGACUGUCACAUGACAGCGUCAGAGAACCUGCGGGAAGACUGAGGGGUGAUAACAUCAAUGUUUACGCCAUCGGCGUAAAAGAGGCAAAUCACACACAGCUGGAAGAGAUCGCGGGAUCGGACUCAAGAGUUUACUACGUGCACAACUUCGACUCUUUGAAAGAUAUCAAAAAUCGAGUCGUUCGAAGCAUCUGCAGCGAAGAAGCUUGCAAAGAGAUGAGCGCCGACAUCAUGUUUCUGGUGGAUAGUUCUGGGAGCAUAGGAGGAGACAACUUUGAAAAAAUGAAAACAUUCAUGAAAAACGUGGUCAACAGGACUAAGAUUGGUGCCAACCAAGUGCAGGUUGGGCUGGUGCAGUUCAGUGACAUCAACAAGGAAGGAUUCCAGCUCAAUCAAUAUGACACCAAAACAAAGAUUUCCGACGCAAUCGACGGUCUGUCGCUGAUCGGACGGGGCACUCUGAUAGGAGGUGCCUUGACCUUCGUGUCUGACUAUUUCAGCGUCUCCAAGGGUGCCCGUCCCAACGUCAAAAAGUUCCUUGUCCUGCUCACCGAUGGGAAAUCGCAGGACGCGGUCAAAGAAGCGGCCGUAGCUCUCCGGCAGGACGGCGUCAUCAUCUAUUCCGUGGGGGUGUUCGGCUCCGAAUAUUCCCAGUUGGAGGAGAUCAGCGGCAGGUCUGACAUGGUGUUUUAUGUUGAGAACUUUGAUAUUCUGAAGCCUGUUGAAGAUGUUCUUGUAUUUGGCAUAUGCAGCCCCUAUGAAGUGUGCAAGCGGAUUGAAGUUUUGGACAUCGUGUUUGUGAUCGACAGCUCUGGCAGCAUAGACUCUAACGAGUACAACAUCAUGAAGGCUUUCAUGAUAGACUUGGUGAAAAAGGCGGACGUGGGCAAGAAUCAAGUUCAGUUCGGAGCCCUGAAGUAUUCUGAUUUCCCAGAGGUACUCUUCAACCUCAAUGAAUUCAGCAGUAAAUCAGAAAUCAUCUCAUUUAUCCAGAACGACCACCCUCGAGGAGGCAGCACUUACACCGCCAAAGCUCUGGCUCAUUCGGCUCACCUGUUCUCCGAGAGCCUGGGCAGCCGAAUGCACAGAGGGGUCCCUCAGGUAUUAAUUGUGAUCACCGAUGGAGAAUCUCAUGACGCCCAUCUACUCAAUGCUACGGCCAGAGCCCUCAGGGACAAGGGCAUCCUGGUCCUGGCCGUCGGAAUCGAGGGAGCCAACCACGAAGAGCUUUUAUCAAUGGCCGGCUCCACGGACAGAUACUUCUUCGUGGAGAAUUUUGAGGGGCUGAAAGGCAUAUUUGAAAAUGUAUCCGCCAGUGUCUGUAAUACUUCAAAAGUAGAUUGUGAACUUGGAAUGGCAGAUCUUGUUUUUCUCAUCGACGGGUCCACUAGCAUACUCGAAGAGGACUUUAAGAAAAUGAAGGAUUUCUUGGUGACGAUAGUGAAUGAUUUUGACAUCAGACCUGGAAAAGUGCACGUGGGGUUAGCCCAGUUCAGCCACGAGUACCGGCCGGAGUUUUCACUGAUACCCUUCCGGGACAAAAUAGAGGUGAAAAAUCAAAUCGGGAGGAUUCAGCAGAUAUUUGGGAACACCCUAAUCGGCGCCGCCCUUCGAAAUGUAGGCAGCUACUUCUGGCCCGAUUUUGGCAGUAGAAUAAACGCCGGCGUACAACAGGUGUUGCUGGUCCUCACAGAUGGGCAGUCUCAAGAUGAGGUGGCUCAGGCUGCAGAAGACUUGAGAAAUAAAGGUAUCGAUAUCUACUCUUUGGGAGUUGGCCAAGUGAAUGACCAACAGCUCAUUCAGAUAUCUGGGAGUGCAAAGAAGAAAUUAACCGUCGAUAAUUUCAGUGAGCUGGACAAGAUCAAGAAGAGGGUAGUUCGGGAUGUCUGCACUUCCGGCGGCGAAAGCGGUUGCUUCGUGGAUGUCGUUAUAGGGUUUGAUAUCUCCUCCCCGCAGGAAGGGCAGUCUUUGUUCCAAGGCCGGCCCUGGCUGGAAUCUUCCCUUUCCAGCAUAUUGCGGACGAUCACUUCACUAAGCAGCGUGAGUUGCAGAGUGGGGUCCCGGACCCAGGUCAGUGUGGCAUUUCAGGUGAAGGACCCCCAAAAGAGAUCUCUCGCAAAGUUGCAGAUCUACAGUGAGAGCAUUAUGACGGACUUGAAGCAAGUUGUUAUCAAGGAGCCAACUCACCUGAACGAAGCUUUCUUAGAUUUGCUUUGGGAUUCCUUUCAGAAUAAAUCUGCCAGUCGAGGAAAGGUGCUACUUCUGUUUUCAGAUGGCUUGGAUGAUGCUGUUGAAAAACUUGAACAAAAAUCAGAUGAACUCAGAAGAGAAGGGCUAAAUGCUCUGAUAACUGUUGCCCUGGAAGGAACCUCUGAUUCACGAGAUGUAGAGGAACUUCUGUACAUUGAAUUUGGGAAAGGAUUUGACUAUAGAACUCAGUUGACACUGGGAAUGAGAGAUCUGGACAGCAGGCUGUCGAGGCACCUGGCCAACGUUGCUGAGAGAACGUGCUGCUGUUUGCUGUGCAAAUGUUCUGGAGAAAAUGGUCUACAUGGAGAGCUGGGGAAACCAGGAAAUAGAGGACGUCCAGGAUUAAAAGGCAGCGAAGGGUACCUAGGAGAAGAGGGAGAAAUGGGGGAAAGGGGACUGAGUGGACCAAUUGGAGAACAAGGCUCUAAGGGGUGCUCUGGGACCCGAGGCCCUAAGGGAGACCGGGGACUUCUUGGAGAGAAGGGAGAAGCUGGAGAUGGUGGGAUUGACGGAAUCAUUGGAGAACAGGGCUACUCUGGACUUCCUGGAAGGAAAGGGGAAAAGGGUGAUGAUGGCUCCCAGGGCAACCCAGGAUUCAGAGGACUCCCCGGUGACCGCGGUCAGAAAGGCAUAAGAGGCGAGCCUGGUAAUCCUGGAUUGGACAGUGAUUUCAGGGGACCCCCAGGCUCUAAAGGAGAAAGGGGAACACAAGGUACCAGAGGUCAACCAGGAGAACCAGGAAUACCAGGCUCCAAAGGAAACCCUGGUCUUAGUGGACGGCGAGGUCAUACAGGUCCACAGGGAGGAAUAGGAGCUCGUGGCUUGGAUGGUCAGAAAGGAGCACCAGGAUUAAAAGGACCCCAGGGCCCAAGAGGAGUUUCUGGGGUGAAGGGAGAAAGAGGAAAUCUUGGAAACAAAGGUCAGCAGGGUCCCUCGGGGCCAGUGGGUGCCAAAGGGAGUCCUGGAAGCUUAGGACCCAGAGGAAAUAAAGGAGAUCCUGGGGAGUUGGGAGAGAGAGGAGGCCGUGGGUUGCCUGGUCAACGAGGAAUGCCGGGAGAAGAUGGCAACGUGGGAUAUGGUGGAGUUGGAAAGAAAGGAUCAAAGGGAAAAGAAGGAUUCCCAGGAGACAGUGGACUAAAGGGGAAAGCUGGAGAUGUUGGCAUUCCAGGGGACCCUGGCCCCAAGGGAUUUGAAGGAAGAACGGGCUCCGUAGGUCCUCCUGGAGAGCCAGGAUCUCCUGGAACACUGGGACCUUCAGGACGUAGGGGCAUGAAAGGAGCGAAAGGACAGACUUCAUUUUCUUCUUGCAGCCUCCUUCAGUAUGUGCGAGACCACAGCCCUGCUUCACAAGGAAGACCCGAAUGUCCUGUGCAUCCUACAGAGCUGGCCUUUGCCCUGGAUCUGUCCCGGGGCAUUACGGAGCAAUCAUUUGAGCGAAUGAAGGACAUAAUUCUGUCAAUUGUGAGUGACACCAAGAUCCGGGAGAGCAGCUGUCCAGUGGGAACGAGAGUCGCCGUCGUUUCCUACGAUUCCAAUAUCAGGCAUCACAUCCGCCUGACAGACUCCCCGACCAAGAAUCAGCUUCUCAGGAAAAUAAAAGCCAUCCCAUAUGAGAGAUCGUCAAAUGGCAGGGAAACUGGCAAAGCGAUGAGGUUCGUGGCCAAGAACGUUUUCAAGCGAACUCUCCGAGGACCGCACGUGAGGAAGAUCGCCACGGUCUUCAGCCACGGCCCAUCCUCUGACGUGUCUUCGAUCACCACAGCCACCCUGGAGUUCAGCGCCCUUGACAUCAUUCCAGUUGUGAUCACUUUCGGCAAUGUGCCUGCUGUCAAAAAGGCCUUCAUGAUUGAUGACACUGGCACGUUUCAGGUGAUCACUGUUCCACCCGGAUCAAAUUACAAGCCAGCAUUAAAAAGACUCCAGCUGUGCACAUUUUGCUAUGACAGAUGCAGACCAGACGCGUCUUGUGAACAGGGCAGACCUCUCCCCGGACGGUCGUACAUAGAUGCCGCCCUACUCUUCGAAGGCUCUCGGAACGUGGGAAGGGCCGAGUUUGAGGAAAUGAAAGAUCUCCUGAGCGUCAUGUUCGACAACUUUGACGUGGCCACGGAACCGCUGACCUCCACCACAGGCGACCGGGUAGCGGUCCUCAGCCUUUCUCCGCCGAGUUUCACGCCCGACACCCGGGAGAGUCCGGUGAAGACCGAGUUCAACUUCACCACCUACGCCAGUAAGCUUUUAAUGAAGAGGCACGUCCAGAAGUCUGUGCGGCAGUCGGAUGGAGAUGUCUUUGUCGGCCACGCCCUCCAGUGGACCGUUAAUAACCUUUUCGCGAGGACCCCCAACCCCAGAAAAUACAAAGUCAUCUUUGUGAUAUCGGCGGGGGGAACGAGCCCUCGGGACAGAGAGGCAUUAAAAAGAGAGUCUCUGAGGGCCAAGUGUCGCGGCUAUGCCAUAUUUGUAUUUUCCCUGGGCCCCACCCAUAAUGUCACGGAACUGGAAGAGUUAGCCAGUCUCCCCCUGGAUCAUCACUUGCUCCAGCUGGGCCGCGUUCACAGACCCGACCACGGAUACAGCGUGAAGUUCAUCCGAUCCUUUAUAAACUCCAUCAGACGUGAGAUCAACAAGUACCCACCGAAUCACUUGAGGACAAAAUGUGCUCAGCUCAGCGCCAACCUGAAGCUCCCUCUAAAACAACAAAACACCCUACUUGUUCCGGGACCUCGUGGACCUGCAUUCAAAAAAUCUGGCAUCCAGAAUGCUAAACUUGUUUCUUAGAUGCAUGGCCCAGAAAUAUCUGCGGGGAGACGGAGCCGACGCCGACUUGAACAUUGAAGUUUUAAACUGAAGAGUCACACUGCGUCUUUGAAACUGGAAAGAGAUGGCAUAAAUUGCCUUCAAACCUCAUCUUGCAGAAAGCGCAAGUAUAAUUUAAUCAUCCUGUGGGUGAGGGCCUUCUACUGCCGGCUCCAAAACCUGGACAUCGUAUCAUCUGAGCUUUCAGAAUGGCCGAAAGCAAGAACGGCGAUGUGGACAAAUGCCUGCGUUUUGAAAACCAGAGCCGAAACACAGUUUGACGGACGGGCGUAACGGAUGAUCAGGAAGAACUACUUUCCGACUUACCACUCAUCUUAUCUAGCAAGGAACUCUGCCUGCCACAGGAAGAAGGUAGAAGAGGAAAUCAAAAUAUGCAUGGAUAAAAAUUCUGAAAUGUAAGACAUACAUAGAGGAUAUAAAUGGAAAGAAAACAAAGUACCAAAAUAAAUCCCAUUAUAUUUGUAAGUACAUAUGAAUUGUGAAUAAUAUUUUGUCUGUUCUCUUCAAUCUGUAUUCUGUACACCGACUUUACUCCCCAUUACGUCAUACUGUCUUUAAAUACCCCAAGUGCCUAAAUACGCUGUCUGCCCAAAGCUAUUUUCAGGAAUUUUUUGCUACCUGGCUCCUUGACUUAUCUUAAAAGUCUUCCCGGUAUGAAAGCACAACUCCCUCACAACCAUGGAGUGAAUCAGAGACAUCUCUCCGUCACAGCAAUGAAUGGGCACUUUUCCCUCUUAAUGUUGCACCUUUCAGGUCUGCUUUCUCAUUUUUGUGACAUCGGGAAAGACAAACAGGGUCUAUUCCUGUUGUGCUUCUUGCCCUCAGGUCACUAGGGACCAGUUGUUAAAUCAGGCCCACGGUGAUAUUUGCUCUCCAGGAGGGAUUUACACCGGGGUAUUCUCAUUUUCGUGACAUCGGGAAAGACAAACAGGGUCUAUUCCUGUUGUGCUUCUUGCCCUCGGGUCACUAGGGACCAGUUGUUAAAUCAGGCCCACGGUGAUAUUUGCUCUCCAGGAGGGAUUUACACCGGGGAGAGAAGAUGGCCCAGAGGGUGACGGUUGUCUGUCCGUUUAGCAAUCCUGUUGCAGUCCUCACCCAAAGCGGCCCCUAGAAAUCGGAGUUUUGCCCCAAUGUAACUCUUCUCAUAUACAGAUGUCCUGGCUCUAUCAGUGCUCUGCACGUUGUAUGCCCUGUUAUUAUUAUUCUUGUGAGUAAAGGUGAUCCUAAUACAGUUA